GUAACAGGUUUAUGACAUGAAAGGGAUGUGAAAUUUCACAAAUUUCUGAACAUACAAAAAGGUUUGGAGCUGCUUAUCUGCUGUUGAAUAUGAAACAACAGCUGAGUGUCAGCAGAACGCCAUUACUUGUCUUUAUUCUGGAAUAAGGACACACAGGAAUUUAAUAACAUUUUUGAGUGACAUCUCACACAAAGAUCUCUACUCUAGCCAGUAAAAAGACCAAAUAAAACAGGACUGAUGAUGUACCACUUACCUUCAUAUAAUCCCAGUGAAAAGAUCUCAGUUGAAGCUACAUUUGGAGAGUCCCUGUCAUGCCUUGACAUUGUAUGGUCCAAUAUGUUCGAGACUGAAGACGUUCACCCUGAUCGACCUAGACAGCAUCAGGCUCAGUUUCUUAGAGGAGCUCAACAAAAGUGGCUGAAUUUUUACCCAGAGAACGUACCGUUGGUUGAAAGGGAUGGCUUUAAUGAUUUAAUAGAGUUAAUUGAGAAAAGAAAAGGAAAACGCUGUCUCAUCACUGAUAUUUCUUUGCGAUACCAGCCCGGGAGUGGAGGCUCAACUCUCUCCAUGCAGGUGCUUUGGCAUUUCCGGAAAGAUCUCAGAUGUGCCAAAGUGAUCGAUUCAGAUCUAGACACCAAAGAGCUGUCCAAACAAGUGCUGGACCUCUUUCUGCUGUCUAAUGAACAACACCCAAAAACAAAUCGGAGAACUGUGCUGCUGUUACUGGACACCAGAGAAAAGAUAAAUGAUCUGCCUAUCAAGAGUGUUCUCUGGGAAGACCUGAUUGAAGAAAUCCAUGAGAGGGACAUCAAUAUGAAAACUCCAGCGGUGAUCAUUCUAAACUGCAUCCCUACAGACUUCACUCUAAAAGACACAAUGAUUCUUCCUCCAAGACUCCCUGAAGGGGAUAUAACACAAUUCAAAGAAAAGCUUCUGCAACAGAUCCGACUACAGGGAAAAAGCCUAAGGAGAGUCGCAAUCACAGAUCUGUUGUACCACGAAGCCAGCAGUGGAUUAACACUAGCCAGUGAAGUACUGAGAGACUUGAGUGAAGAGUUCACAUGUCAUUCCCUGACAAAAUCAUUCAAAACAGAGACUGCAGAAAAUAAAGAUAAAGUAUUUGAGACAGAGAUUGAAAGUAUGGUAAAUGAAUUGCACAGAGAAUAUGUGAGGCAAAAAGAUCCUGUGCUGCUUCUGUUGAAUAAUGAAGACAAUAAGCCCCUACGAUACUUCAUAAAGAGCCUGCUGUCAGAGCUUGAAUACACUGAUCAAAGUGACCAUCCUGCAUUCAUCAUCAUCAAUGCUGUUAGCAAGAGCGCUGUUCGAGCGCCAGGCGACGUGAAGCUGAAAAUGGAGCUCUUACCAGAUGAGAAGGACAAGUUUGCUCAGAAAAGGCAGGAGAUUAAAAAGAAAUACAAGAAAAUGUCACCGAAGUUUCAUGCCUUUAACAUCAUUCAGGGAGGUUUCAAGAAAGAAGAUGCAGAGAAACUGAUCACAGAAAAAAUGGUGGAACAUAUUGAAAAAGACACGAAGUCAAGCAGCACAAGACUUCUCAGUUUUCUGGCUUUGAUAAACUCAUAUGUCCCAGGUUCACACUUGUUGAAGAUUUUCUGUGAGGAUUUCAUUAAACAAGAAGAAUGGUCCACUGAUGAGGGAAAACAUUCUCUGGAAAGAAUAAUAAAGCCUUUCAAGGAUCUCUUGGUCAUUUUCUCAUUAGGAGAACAGAAAGCAUACUGCAUUCGUCUGGCACAUCCAAUGAUUGCUGAUGCCUGUCUAAAAAUGCUCACUGAGCACAAACUGACAAGAUAUGACAUCGCUUUUGACUUCUUGAACAGCAUGGUGAAAGGAAACGAGAGUAAUUAUGGACAAAUUUGCAAGAGCAUGUUCAUCACAAGGCCUAAGGCUCUGAUAGAAAAGGAAAAGUUUUCCAAACUUAUUCUUGACAUCAUUAGGGAAAAUAAACAUAACCAAUGCAUUUGUUUAUUGAAGUUUGCUUCAAAAUUGUUCUCAACAGACUCUUUCUAUCCUCAAGCACUGGCACGUUUGUAUUACAUUGAGAUGAAAGGAGAAAACAAAUAUAAAGAGGCAACAAAUUGGGCAACUGAGGCGAUUGAUAGAGACCAAAUAAAUUCUCAUAUUAGGGACACACUGGGGCAAGUUCACAAAAACCACCUGUCACGGAUCUGGACUCAAAGAGGGUGGAAGAAUGUGCGAAAACCAUGCACAGAGAUAAAGACACGUUUGGACAUUGCAAACGAUGCCAUCGAUGCAUUUCAAGCCGAAGAGAAAGCAGCUAAAGAAGAGUUAGAAACCCCUAACACCACAUUCAACAACAGGGCCCUCUUUGGUUUUCUACAGGUCUGCAAGGACAUUAUUGAUUUGAUGCCAAACAUUGACUUCAUCAAUCAUCUCAGAGAAGGUGUUGAGCAGAAAUAUGAUUUCUUUGAAUGGUAUCUUGCAUACUCCAAACCGAGCUUCAAAGAGGAGGAACCAGACUACUUCCGUAGAGAUGUUGAAGAUUGCUAUAAGCGGUAUUUUACACAGGACACUCAGACUGAAGAAACGACCCUGAAUAAGAAAAAAAAGAAGUCUUUUGGAGGACUUCUCCAUUUCUUAAAAUCAGACAUCAAUGAGUGUAAACAAAAUUUGAGUGGAAUUGAAAAACCCUGGUCAGAAAAUGAAACACAAAUCAUUCUCUGCAUUCUUGCCAACAUCAUCUUGAGUUUGUCCGGAGUAUCAUCUGAAAAAACUGAAAGUCUUCAGGCCAGGUUACAGAAACUUUGGACAACAAAAGCUCAAGGCAGAAGCCCAGAGUUUUACCUCUUGGUCCUUUUGCUCUUUUGGCCUGAAGAAGCACAGAAAGCAAAUGCAAACCCUCCAGAUCUAGAAAUCUGUGUCCAAUAUCUGAGCGAGUCAUAUGAGAGCACGUAUGGACAAUUCCUCCGCGGUCGCUGUCUGGUGCCUAUGUUCUUCUUUGGGAAAGAAAGAGGUCUGCAGAGACUGGUUCAUGCCUUAAAACCCCUUAAAAAAGGUUUGAGACUGGUUCACUCAAAACUAAAUCAAAUUGAUCUGGAGCUCCUCACUGAAGGAGAUGAAAAUGUGGAAUGUCUUCAGCGUAUCAACGGGAAGGUCAAGAAUCACAAAGUGUUUGCUGUUAAAGAUGGACAACAGAUUCCAGUCACUCCUCACAAUCCUGCCAGUGUGUGCAAAUCAGGCCAGGUGUCUUUCUACCUGGGCUUCACCAUCAGAGGACCAGUCGCCUACAACAUCAGAUAUAAUAACAACUGUAAGUAG